AAAAUCCCCAAAAAUCCCCCAAAAAAUCCCCCCGAAAUUCCCAAAAAAUUAAAAAUAAAAAAUUCCCCAUAAUAUCCCCAAAAAAUUCCCAAAAACUUCCCCACAAAAUCCCCAAAAAGUCCCCAAAAUAUCCCCCCAAAAAUCCCCCAAAAUAUCCCCCCAAAAUUACCAAAAAUUUCCCAAAAAAAUCUUAAAAAAAUCCCCCCAAAAAUUCCUUUCAAAAUCCCGAAAAUCCCUUUAAAAAUCCCCCCAAAAUUUUUUUAAAGAUUCCUUUAAAACUUCACCCCAAAAUUCCCCAAAAAGUUGCCAAAAAAUUCUCGAAAAGCUCCCCCCAAAAAAUCUUCGAAAUCCCCCAAAAAUUCCUUUAAAAAUAAUUUUAAAAAUCUCUCAAAAAAACCCAAAAAUUCCAAAAAAAAAUCCCCCAAAAAUUCCUUUAAAAAGAAUUUUAAAAAUCUCUCAAAAAACCCCAAAAAUUUAAAAAAAAAAUCCCCCAAAAAUUCCUUUAAAAACCAAAAUUCCCCCCAAAAUUUCCAAAAUCCCCAAAAAUCUUCAAAAGCCCCCAAAAAAUCCCCGAAAUUCCCGCCAAAAUCCGGCCCCAAAUCUCCAAGUUUUGCCCCCAAAUUUUUCCCUCUCUUUGGGGAGGGGGCGGGGCCGGAAGAAGGGGCGGGGUUUAAGGGAAAGGGGCGUGGUUUGGAGGGAAGGGGCGUGGCCUGAGCCACAUCCGGCCCCGCCCAGGAGGAGCCGGAGGAGCUGAAAUGGUGUGGCCGCUGGUGCUGGCGCUGCUGGCCGUCCCCGCCGUCCCCUCCCCCGCCGGGUGCCGCCGUGCCCGCGGUGCCCCCUGUGCCCGCGCCCGCCCCGCCCCCGCCCUGGCCGCGCUCGGCCGCGGCUUCGACGUCACCACCAUGGAGAUGGCGGCCGGGAGGGUCCUGGAGCUCGGGGACACCUGGGGACACACCUGGGGGGACACCUGGGGGGGUGGGGACAGCGGGGACAGCGGUGACAGUGGUGACAAUGAUGGUCCUGGUGGCCCUGGUGGCACCUGGAGUGGCCCUGGUGGCCCUGGAGGUGACAAUGGUGGCCCUGGUGGCACCUGGGACACCUGGCAGGAUGGUGACAGCGGUGACAGUGGUGACAGUGGUGGCCCUGGUGGCACCUGGGACACCUGGCAGGAUGGUGACAGUGGUGACAAUGAUGGCCCUGGUGGUGACAACGGUGACAACGGUGGCACCUGGGACACCUGGGGGGAUGGGAACCAUGGUGGCCCUGGUGGCAUCCGGGGUCACCAUGGUGGCCCUGGAGGUGACAGUGGUGACAAUGCUGACCCCAAGGCUGUCCCCAAGGCUGUCCCUGGUGUCCCUGGUGGCCCUGGAGGUGACAAAGCUGUCCCCAAGGGUGUCCCCCGUGUCCCCAAGGGUGUCCCCAGAGGUGUCCCUGGUGGCCCUGGUGGCCCUGGAGGUGACAGGGCUGUCCCCAAGGGUGUCCCCCGCUGUGUCCUGUGCCCCGACGCCCUCCGCCCGGGGUCCCCCCGCCGAGUCCCCGCCCACCUGGGUGGGUGGAGCUCCGGCCGCCGCUGCCACCGCCAAUCGCGCGUGGCCGUGGGGGCGGGGGCGGUGGGCGCGGCCGUGACGUCAUCGGUGACGCGGGGGUGGAGCUUCGGGCUGGGCUGGGGGCGGGGCCAGGCGGGCGUGGUGGGGGCGGGGUCGCAGUCCAGGGUGGCCCAGGAGGGGCUGAGGUGGCAGCGGCAGGACAGGAGCGCGCUCACCUGGCAGGAGAUCACCUGUGUGUUCUAUUGGACCUGGCUGGACCCCACCUCGGCCCGCCCCUCCCCCUCCUUCCUCCGCGCCGUCCGGGCGCUGCCGCCGCGCUUCUCCCCGGCCACGGCGGCGGCCUACGCCGAGCUGCUGUCCGCCUGGGGCACGCACGCCGUGCGCUCGGCGCGCCUGGGCGGCCGGCUGCGCUCGCUGAGCGCCCUGCGCCUCUGCCGCGCCGCCAUGGCCGGCCUGGGCGCGGCCACGGGGACCGGGGACGGUGACAGGGACCCCAGAGUGACCCGGGACAGUGACCAGGGACCCCAGAGUGAGCGGGGACAGAGUGACCAGGGACCCCAGAGUGAGCGGGGACAGUGACCAGGGACCCCAGAGUGACCCGGGACAGAGUGACCAGUGACAGUGACCAGGGACCCCAGAGUGACCCAGGACCCCAGAGUGACCAGUGACAGUGACCAGUGACACAGUGACCAGUGCCCCCAGAGUGACCGGGGACACAGUGACCAGUGUCCCCAGAGUGACCUGUGACAGUGACCAGUGCCAGUGACCAGUGACAGUGACCAGUGCCAGAGUGACCGGUGCCAGAGUGACCAGUGGCCACAGAGUGACCAGUGCCAGAGUGACCUGUGACACAGUGACCACUGGCCACACAGUGACCAGUGCCAGUGACCAGUGCCAGUGACCAGUGACAGAGUGACCAGUGUCCCCAGAGUGACCAGUACCCCCAAACUGACCACACCCAAAGUGACCCCUUCCCCAAACUGACCACUCCCAAACUGACCCCUCCCCCAAACUGACCACACCCAAAGUGACCCCUCCCCAAACUGACCACACCCAAACUGACCCCUCCCCCACACUGACCCCUCUCCCCUCCCCCCCAGGACCUGGCUGGACCCCACCUCGGCCCGCCCCUCCCCCUCCUUCCUCCGCGCCGUCCGGGCGCUGCCGCCGCGCUUCUCCCCGGCCACGGCGGCGGCCUACGCCGAGCUGCUGUCCGCCUGGGGCACGCACGCCGUGCGCUCGGCGCGCCUGGGCGGCCGGCUGCGCUCGCUGAGCGCCCUGCGCCUCUGCCGCGCCGCCAUGGCCGGCCUGGGCGCGGCCACGGGGACCGGGGACAGUGACAGGGACCCCGGAGUGAGCGGGGACAGUGACCAGGGACCCCAGAGUGACCCGGGACAGUGACCGGGGACCCCAGAGUGAGCAGUGACCCCAGAGUGAGCAGUGACACAGUGACCAGUGACACAGGGACCGGGGACAGUGACCAGGGACCUGUGACACAGUGACCAGUGACAGUGACCAGUGACACAGUGACCUGUGACACAGUGACCAGUGACCCCAGAGUGACCAGUGACCCCAGACUGACCAGUGACAGUGACCAGUGACCCCAGAGUGACCCGGGACAGAGUGACCCGUGACCCCAGAGUGACCGGGGACACAGUGACCAGUGACACAGUGACCAGUGACAGAGUGACCAGUGCCUCCAAAGUGACCAGUGACAGAGUGACCAAUGCCAGAGUGACCGGGGACACAGUGACCAGUGACAGAGUGACCAGUGACCCCAGAGUGACCGGGGACAGUGACCCGGGACCCCAGAGUGACCCGGGACCCCAGAGUGACCAGUGACACAGUGACCAGUGACCCCAGAGUGACCCGGGACAGUGACCAGUGACAGUGACCAGUGACAGUGACCCGGGACACAGUGACCAGUGACAGAGUGACAAGUGCCCCCAGAGUGACUGCUGCCAGAGUGACCAGUGCGUGACAGUGACACAGUGACCAGUGACAGUGACCCGUGACCCCAGAGUGACCAGUGACACAGUGACCAGGGACCCCAGAGUGACCCGUGACCCCAGAGUGACCAGUGCCCCCAAACUGACCAC